AGGGAGGGAGGGAGGGAGAGACGGAGGGAGGGAAGGAGGGAGGGAGCGGCGGGGAAGAGGAGGGCACGGAAGCGGGGGAAACGGGGGAGGGAGAGCGCCGGCUGCAGCCGCUCCCUGCCCUCCCCCCGCCUCCCCGCACACGCACGGACAGAGGGACGGAGGAAGAUGCCCUUUGCCCGGUGGGGCGAAGCCGGGAGAGCAUCUCGCCGCCGGCAGUGAAGCCGCCGCCGCUGGGGCCUCCUCGCCCCCGUCCGGCCGGAGCGGGGAGCCCGGCGUUUCGCCCGCCCGCCGCAGGACGUGCACCGGGCGGCGGAGGAGGAGGAGGAGGAGGAGGGCAGGACGCCGCCGCCGCAGCCAUGGGAAGGAUUUGACAGGGUUAUGAGCGUUUUCCACCCGCGCCGCGGCGGUGCCGCCGCGUAGGGGGUGCUUAAUCCCGCCGGCCGGCCGCCCGCCGCCGCCGCCCCUCGGCACCGCAGAGGAGAAGGGGGUGAAAAAAAAAAUGAAGACUUUAGUUUUUUUGAAUCACUGAAAAGCCUUAAAAGGAGACUCGGUAAGGAGGAGGCCGGGAACGGCUCCCCGGGGCAGGACUUGGCUGCGCCCUGAGGAGGGGCUGCGCCGCGGGGACCUGCUCCCCGCCCCCACCCGCGGGCCCUGGCCGCGGAUGCGCCCUCGGCGCGGCGCGGGCGGAGGCGGGGGGCGCUCGGUAGCCUCCCCUCCGGGGCUUUCUGUGCUCCCCUUCCUUCUCCUGCCGGGGUUUUUGGUUUUUUUUUUCCUCUUCUCCUCCUCCCGAUCCUUUCUGGGAAGUGAAAUGCUGAUGCAGACUGAAUGGGGCUUUUACACUUUAAUGAUGCAGUGGGAUUCUUUUCAGGAUUAUGUUGCAUGAUUUGAAUUUUGGAUGAAGGAGAAGACCUUUUCGGAUAGAUAAAUACACACACACGCACGAUAAAACUGGUGUCGGUCGGUCUCGCUUGAAUUUCAUUUGAAUUAUUUAUAUGUCAGAAGUGACUAUAUGUAUUUUUUCUUUUCUAUUAAACACAUUAAAAGAUUUUUUUUAGGAUAACUAUUUUCUUUCCUUAAAAAUUCUGUAUACACGUACAAUAUAUAUACACACUUGCACGCUGCAUACGUGUACCUGCAACUUACUAGGAUUUAUUUUCAGGCUGGGAACGCUGAGGUGGGUUGUAAGUUAAGCACCACCCCGGUUUGACACUCGUUUAGAAAAUACUGUUGAUUUUUCUUUUUUUUAAACAACACUACCUUCAAAACUUGGUUUUUGUUUUUGUUUUUUUUUUAAAAAAAGUAAUAAUAAUAAUUAAAAAAGAAACCCCAAUGCAAACUGAAACAACCAUGUCUGGAGAAGUACGUUUGAAGCAGCUGGAGCAAUUUAUUUUGGAUGGGCCGACUCAGACUAAUGGGCAAUGCUUCAGUGUGGAAACCUUGCUGGAUAUACUCAUCUGCCUUUAUGAUGAAUGUAAUAAUUCCCCUUUGAGAAGAGAGAAGAACAUCCUUGAGUAUCUAGAAUGGGCCAAACCUUUUACAUCUAAAGUGAAACAGAUGCGGCUACAUAAAGAAGAUUUUGAAAUUCUGAAGGUGAUCGGCCGAGGAGCCUUUGGGGAGGUUGCAGUAGUAAAAUUGAAAAAUGCAGAUAAGGUUUUUGCAAUGAAGAUACUUAAUAAAUGGGAGAUGCUGAAGAGAGCUGAAACAGCCUGUUUUCGAGAAGAGAGAGAUGUAUUAGUGAACGGUGAUAACCAGUGGAUCACAACAUUACAUUAUGCAUUCCAAGAUGAAAACUAUUUAUACCUGGUUAUGGAUUACUAUGUUGGAGGAGACCUGCUUACCUUGCUCAGCAAGUUUGAGGACAGACUGCCUGAAGAUAUGGCUCGUUUUUAUUUGGCUGAAAUGGUGAUAGCUAUUGAUUCUGUUCAUCAGUUGCAUUAUGUCCACAGGGAUAUUAAACCAGACAACAUCUUGAUGGAUAUGAACGGGCAUAUUCGAUUAGCGGAUUUUGGUUCUUGUCUGAAACUGAUGGAGGAUGGAACGGUGCAAUCUUCAGUGGCAGUUGGAACUCCAGACUACAUCUCUCCAGAAAUUUUGCAGGCCAUGGAAGAUGGAAAAGGGAAGUAUGGGCCUGAGUGUGACUGGUGGUCCCUAGGCGUUUGCAUGUAUGAAAUGCUUUAUGGAGAAACGCCCUUUUAUGCAGAGUCCUUGGUGGAGACCUAUGGGAAAAUAAUGAACCACAAAGAGAGAUUUCAGUUUCCCACUCAAGUGGCAGAUGUCUCUGAAAGUGCAAAGGACCUCAUUCGAAGGCUCAUUUGUAGCAGAGAGCAUCGACUCGGACAAAAUGGGAUAGAAGACUUUAAGAACCAUCCUUUUUUUGCUGGGAUUGACUGGGAUAAUAUUAGAAACUGUGAGGCACCUUACAUCCCAGAAGUCAGCAGCCCCACCGAUACAUCAAACUUCGAUGUGGAUGAUGAUUGCUUAAAAAAUUCUGAAACAAUGCCUCCACCAUCACACACUGCAUUUUCUGGCCAUCAUUUACCAUUUGUGGGUUUCACAUAUACAAGUAGCUGUGUGCUUUCAGACCGCAGCUGUCUAAGACUGACAGCUGGACCACCCUCCAUGGACGUUGAUGCCAGCAUCCAAAGAACUUUGGAGGAUAGUUUAGCAACAGAAGCUUAUGAGAGGAGAAUAAGACGUCUAGAACAGGAAAAGCUUGAACUUAGUAGAAAAUUGCAAGAGUCCACCCAGACGGUCCAGGCUCUGCAGUAUUCAACAGUGGAUGGCCCAAUAACAGCAAGCAAAGAUUUAGAAAUUAAAAGCUUAAAGGAAGAAAUCGAAAAGUUAAAGAAACAGGUAACAGAUUCUGGUCAGCUGGAACAGCAGCUGGAGGAGGCCAGCACGGCGAGGCGCGAGCUCGACGAUGCUUCCAGACAAAUAAAGGCUUUUGAGAAACAGGUCAGAACGCUGAAGCAAGAGAGGGAAGAUCUUAAUAAGCUGGAAGUCCAAGCUGAAGCUGCAGCUGCUGAGGCAUCCAAAGACAGGAAAUUGCGAGAGAGAAGUGAGCAGUACUCUAAACAGUUGGAAAGCGAAGUAGAAGGGCUAAAGCAAAAGCAGGUUGGUCGCUCACCUGGGGUAAGCAGUAUAGAACACCAGCAAGAAAUUACUAAAUUAAAGGCAGACCUGGAAAAGAAGAGUGUUUUCUAUGAAGAGGAACUAUCUAAACGAGAAUUAAUGCAUGCUAAUGAAAUAAAAAAUCUGAAGAAAGAAUUGCGGGAUGCAGAGAGCCAGCAGCUUGCCCUCAAGAAAGAGAUCAUGAUUUUGAAAGACAAGCUAGAAAAAACCAGAAGAGAAAACCAAAGUGAAAGAGAGGAAUUUGAAACAGAAUUCAAACAGAAAUAUGAACGAGAAAAGAUUCUGCUAACAGAGGAGAACAAGAAACUUUCAAAUGAGCUUGAUAAGCUCACCACCAUGUUUGAGAGGCUGAGUAUGAACAACCGGCAGCUGGAGGAAGAGAUGAGAGACCUGGCCGAUAAAAAGGAGUCUGUGGCCCACUGGGAGGCCCAAAUCACUGAGAUCAUCCAGUGGGUGAGUGAUGAAAAAGAUGCUCGAGGUUAUCUUCAAGCCUUGGCCUCCAAAAUGACAGAAGAACUAGAGGCCCUGAGGAACUCCAGUUUGGGUGCAAGAGCAACUGACAUGCCCUGGAAGAUGCGUCGCUUUGCAAAACUAGAUAUGUCAGCAAGGUUGGAACUACAGUCAGCUCUCGAUGCUGAAAUCCGAGCCAAACAGGCUAUUCAAGAUGAGUUGAAUAAAGUCAAAGCUUCCUGUAUCUCUACAGAGUGUAAAUUGCAAGAAUCUGAGAAGAAGAACAUGGAGCUCUUGACAGAUAUUGAAAGACUGAAAAAGGAGACAGAAGAGCUUAGAUCAGAAAAGGGUGUAAAGCACCAAGACUCACAGAAUUCUUUCUUGGCAUUUUUGAAUGCGCCUACCUCUGCUCUGGAUCAAUUUGAAAUUGAUUCAGUUGAGAACUUUACAUUGUCUAAUACUCCAUCACGGGAUGAAGAUAUCAAGUCUCACCUCCAUUCAAGAUCAAGGUCUCCUUCUACAGCUAGUGAGAUUGAACCGAUUGAGGUUACGGAUCAUCCUCCCCGCUCAAUUCACACACCAACCAUGAGGACAGCCUAUAUUGGAUCGGGACUCUCUGCACCAAAGCCUAAAGCCCACCAGUUUGUAGUGAAAUCAUUUAAUACCCCAACAAAAUGUAAUCAAUGCACAUCUCUGAUGGUUGGCUUAAUAAGACAGGGCUGCACUUGUGAAGUUUGUGGAUUCUCCUGCCACGUGACCUGUGCAGACAAGGCCCCUGCAGUGUGUCCAAUCCCUCCCGAGCAGACUAAGGGCCCUUUGGGGAUAGAUCCACAGAAAGGCAUAGGAACAGCAUAUGAAGGGCAUGUCCGUGUACCAAAACCAGCUGGAGUAAAGAAGGGUUGGCAGAGAGCGCUGGCAGUGAUCUGUGAUUUCAAACUCUUCCUGUAUGAUGUAGCAGAAGGAAAAGCAUCCCAGCCCAGUGUGAUAGUGAGUCAGGUUAUUGACAUGAGGGAUGAAGAAUUCUCAGUGAGUUCCGUCUUGGCCUCAGAUGUCAUCCAUGCAAAUCGAAAAGAUAUUCCCUGUAUCUUCAGAGUCACAGCUUCCCAGCUCUCUGCAUCCAGUAAUAAGUGUUCAAUCCUGAUUCUAGCAGACGGUGAGAAUGAAAAAAGCAAGUGGGUAGGAGUGCUGAACGAAUUGCAUAGGAUCUUGAAGAAGAACAAACUCAAAGACCGCUCAGUCUAUGUUCCAAAAGAGGCUUAUGACAGCACCUUACCCCUCAUCAAAACAACGCAGUCAGCCACAAUCAUAGACCAUGAAAGAAUAGCUUUGGGCAAUGAAGAAGGGUUAUUUGUUGUGCACGUCACCAAAGAUGAGAUUAUUCGUGUUGGUGACAAUAAGAAGGUUCAUCAGAUUGAGCUUAUCCCAAAUGAACAGCUCAUUGCAGUGAUCUCAGGACGAAACCGUCAUGUGCGACUCUUCCCUAUGGCUGCCCUGGAUGGAAGGGAGACUGAGUUUUAUAAGCUGGCAGAAACAAAAGGCUGCCAGUCUAUAGUUUCUGGACAUGUGCGCCAUGGAGCCCUUACUUGCUUAUGUGUAGCUAUGAAAAGGCAGGUCCUCUGUUACGAACUGAAUCAGAGUAAGACACGUCACAAAAAGAUCAAGGAGAUCCAAGUCCAGGGGAAUGUCCAGUGGAUGUCAGUCUUCAGUGAGCGUCUCUGCGUGGGCUACCAGUCAGGUUUCUUAAAAUAUCCCCUUCAUGGAGAAGGUAGCCCAUACAGUCUGCUCCAUCCAGAUGACCACACACUCUCAUUUAUCUCACAGCAGCCAACUGAUGCCAUCUGUGCAGUCGAAAUCUCAAAUAAGGAAUACCUGCUGUGUUUUAGCAGCGUAGGGGUUUACGUUGACUGCCAGGGCCGAAGAUCUAGACAACAAGAAUUGAUGUGGCCCGCAACUCCAUCUUCUUGCUGUUACAAUGCACCAUACCUCUCUGUGUACAGUGAAAAUGCAGUUGAUGUCUUUGACGUGAACUCCAUGGAGUGGAUUCAGACUAUUCCACUCAAAAAGGUACGACCCUUGAAUACAGAAGGAUCACUAAACCUUUUAGGACUGGAGACGAUUAGAUUAAUAUAUUUCAAAAACAAAAUGGCAGAGGGAGAUGAGCUGGUGGUUCCCGAGACAUCAGAUAACAGCCGGAAGCAAAUGGUUCGAAACAUCAACAACAAGCGGCGCUAUUCUUUCAGAGUGCCAGAGGAGGAGAGGAUGCAGCAGAGGAGGGAGAUGCUACGAGAUCCAGAAAUGAGAAAUAAGUUAAUUUCUAACCCAACUAAUUUUAACCACAUAGCACAUAUGGGUCCAGGAGAUGGUAUACAGAUUCUCAAAGACCUUCCAAUGAAUCUCCGGCCUCAGGAAAGUCGGACCGUGUUCAGUGGCUCUGUCAGCAUCCCGUCAAUCACGAAAUCCCGCACGGAACCAGGACGAUCGAUGAGUGCGAGCAGCGGCUUGGCAGCAAGAUCGUCUGCACAAAACGGCAGUGCUUUGCGGAGGGAAUUUUCAGGAGGUAGCUAUGGAGCAAAGCGCCAGCCUAUGGCAUCGCCAUCAGAUGGUUCCUUAUCCUCUGGUGGUCUGGACCAAGGCAGUGAUGCACCAACAAGGGACUACGAGCGAGAGGACUCUGACUCUCCAAGACACUCUACUGCGUCGAACAGUUCCAACCUCAGCAGCCCUCCCAGCCCGGUGUCGCCUCACAAGACCAAGAGCCUCUCCUUGGAGAGCUCUGACCACGUGAGUUGGGACUCAUGAACUGCUUCAGCAUUCAGAUUUGACAUCACAGCAGCUUAAUGUCCCCAUGGCUGUCCCCUUCACUUGUUCCAGCUCUCACCUUCAUCAUCCUAACCCUCCCCAUUCCCUGUCCGAAAGUGAUCCGGGAGUGGGGUAGAGAGGAAGGUAAAAGCUGGUCAUCUUCAGCACCAUUCAGCACUGCCUCACCCUCCCUUCCCUGGAUUUAACAGCAGCAAAUGAGCAAAGCUAGGGUGCUGGUAAAUAUCAGAUGCUGUAGAUUUGUAUUAGUAUUGGUUUCAUUUUUGUGAUUACAGCUGCUUUCAUUUUUAAAGAUAUAUUUAUCCCACCCCCCUCCCAAAAAAGUAGCUUAAAUAGACCAGACCAGUGUCAACAAGAGAAAAUUCAGAGGGAUUUUGUUUUCAUACAAUAGCUCAUUGUACUGUACAAAAGUAGCACAGAGACCCCUUCCCCUGCGUGGGGAACAAUCAGUAUGUCAGAGGCACAUAAAAGCUUUCAGCCACCACCUUUGAAUGUCAAUCUGAUUGUCGCCAGCAAAUCCUUAUUGAUUAAAAUGAUGCAUAUUUUACUACAGUACAGAGUUUAAAUAAAUACGCAGAUGUUAGAGUUAAAUACGUAUGUAUAUAUUCAAAGAAAAAGCAUUGUGUAUGCAGCAGAAGAUGGAUGCUUAUUUAAGAGAGCCUUUAAUUUAAGAUUUGUGUUGUCCCUGUUUUCAUGCUCAGUAAUAUACAGACUUGGAGGCCUGGCCUAAAACCUUUCGCAGGACAGAUGUUCCUUUUGCGUAGCACUCGCUGCACUGCCAGGAGGUGUCCUCCCAGUGCAGUCGCAAUGUUUCUUUACUUCUGGUAGUAGCAUAAGUGAAGCUAUAAUCCCUACUUUCCUGUUAACCCCCAUCCUUUGUAAAAAAUGACUGAUUGGAAAGCAACCCCCUGCCCUGACAAUCAAGGGCACCCUUCAGCCAGGUGGUUGCCCUUGUGUGCUAGCUGUGCAGCUGAGGAACCUUAGGGCAUGCUACAGUAGAGGUCCUUAAGGCAGCAAGGGAGUUUAAUGCAGCAGGAUUCAGCAGGAAUACUGUUUCCCUGGGUCAGCGUCUGACCAGGUUUUACUAGAAGGGAGCAGUCUUCCGCAUCUCCUUGACCAUUCCUAACCAGAACACUACUGUUGUUACCAAAUGCUAGUUUAUAAUAUACAUCAGCCAAAUGAGUGCCCUUAGCCUGAAGCUAGCCGUUGUUGGCUGUGCUGUCACUGUAGCAAUGAUGAACCUUGAAGACUGACCUCAUACUGUUCACACUGUGGUAGUCGAAGAUGUCUAGUCACCCACAACUGCCAUGCUGGCAAGGUUGGUUUUCCCUUCUCCCUCCCCACCCCAGCUGUGGGUUUGCACGAUUUACAGUUGUUUCUAUAUGCUCUCCUGCUAUUUGGUUCCAAGAGCAGGGCAGGUUCAACGGCAGAAAGAAUUGUGGUGGAAGACAGGGCCCACUGAAGUUGCAAAAAAAAAUAAUAAUAAAAAGCUGAAGCUGGUCAUGCAAUCAACCAAAUAAGAUGGGAGACUGGUGCACAAAUGGAUGGUAAGAGGAAGAAGUCUCUUCUCUUUGGUUAGUAAGACAGAUGUUUUUCAUUUGGGGAGUAUGUUCAAAUGAGCCUCUCUUCUUAGUAGUAUUGUUGCUGGCUUUAUACUAUGACCAUACUCGAACACAUAAGGGCUCUUUGUACUUAAAAUACUGGUUUCAUGGGGUUUGGAGACUUCUUAUGCCUCUUAUUGAACCAUUCCCCAUUCUUGCAGUUAGCAGUUUAUAGUGUGUUUCACCCACAUAGAGAUGCUUGGAGUUUUCCAGUUUCUGUCUUCCCUAGUGGAAGUUGUAGGUAAGUUCAAACUAUGUACAAUAAUUUCCAGGUAUGGUCUAAAUGGGAACUAGGGCAUGAGACACACAGAUCAUUGCCAUUACUAUUUAAUCAUGCUGGAUCUCCUAGAUAAGAUGUCGUCUAGUUCACUCUGCAUCAAGAGGCUUAUCCAAGGCUAAGCUCAUUCAGUGUUGUUUUGAGACAGAACCUCAAGAACUUUUUACAAACCGUCAUAUCAAAAUCCUGUCUGUCUGUCUGUCUGUCUGUCUCUCUCUCUCUCUCUCUCUCUCCAGUCUGAAUUUUUCAGAGUAGUAAAUUGGCAGGGUUUUUUGUUGUUACUUCAAAGCUACUAUUUUUUGCAAGCUUGGCAUUUAAUAUUAAAGCUAUAGCAAACAGCCAAGCACUUGAAAUUAAUUCCUAUCAGAAUGGUUUUUCAUCUUUCCGAGGGACAGACAGGCAGGGCAUUAUUGGCAUUAUUAAAAUUCCACAUCAGCUUCUUCUUAAAAGCUGCAUUUUGCUUCAGGUAUAGCCACUUCUUUUUCCCCACAAAGUCUCUCCUUUUGGUAAAGCAUGUCUACACACUUUUCAAAGCCUUUGCAGACUAGUUUUGUAUUUAGUGUAUGUUGUAUUUAAACAUUAAUCUUACUUUGCUGUUGAGAGAGGGCAUUUAGACUGCAGUCAUGGAAGAUAGAGCAGCCUGCGUGACCGUCCCCUUAGAGAGGAUCACAGCAUACGGAACCUUUGGGGGGAUUUUUGCAAUUGAGCUAAUGCUCUAUCUGAAAAUGGAACCCAAAGACCCAUGACAGAGCAAACUUAAUUUAAAUGAGUAAACCAGAGUGUUUACUCCAUUAUGGUGCCUGCAAUCUGUUGAUAGCAAACUGAAGUUUUCAGGCAGAGCAUGGAUCAGCUGCAUUACAAAGCUAAUCUCCACCCCAUGAGAGCUCCACAGGCCAUUGCUGUUUGUACACCACAAUUUCUAAGUCUUGGCAGUCCCCCUUUAGGGAUUACUAUAUUUAAUCAUUAGUUUGGUACUGUGCAUUUUUAUACACAUCUGUUAAAAAGAGAAACAGCAACUGUUCUCUCAGUUGAAAAGCAAAUGACCACAUCACUUAUUUGAAAGGGAGAAAGUUGUCCUAGGGCUUGAAUAGUUUUAUAUAUUUGGGGACCAUUUGAUUAUACACUCAAUUUUAAACCACACUCAUCCUUUUGUUGGUAUGAACACUGAAAACAAUAUGCAUACUGCAACUGAGCUUUUUAAGUAGGCAUUGGCUAGGAAAAGUAACUUGGUCAUUUGAACUGUAAGACUCUUGACUGGUAUCUCAAAGACAGUUGUCUCUUAAGGUUUUAUGUUUGCUACUUUGUACUGUAGCAUUGCUUCAACUUCACAGUUAGAGGGCUGCAAUUUGUCCAGGGAGCUAAAAAUCUCCCCUUGAAUUUCAACUGUAGCACAUGUUGUCUGUACACAAUAUAUAUCUAGCUAUGAUUUUUUUCCUUUUGGCUGAGACUGAAGGUGUUUUACAUUUAUGACUGCUUUAAAUGUAUGGAUUGUUGGGUUUUUGCAUUUUUUUUUUUUUUUUUUCUUCAUGGCAACAAAGGAUCCAAACAAAUUCAGGCAGCUACUAAGGACUCCAGGUCAUAGAAUGAAAAAGGUUUGAUAGUUUCCCCCUCCACACACACGCACAGACAUGGCUGCUUUCCAUAUUUCAUAAACCCAAAAGCAGGGUUAGAGUACUCUUUCUGUGUUGCAUUUUACCUGUAGAAGACAGCUGGUGGUUUCAAAAAGCAUUCCUGUCACUGUUGAGGUAGCUUCCUCUUUCCUCUCAUUUCAAAACCAAGUCAGGCAUGUUACCUCUUCAGUUAGAUUCUGAUAAAAUCACAACCCAAGUGUGUUGAACUCUCAGGUAUACAGUAGAAGGAAGUUAAGGGUCUUGCCCUACCAAGAAAGCCCAAAAAGCAUAAGGUAUUUGUAAGAAUACAGUUUAACCACAACUAACUGGUUCAGUGUCAGUCCUUCACCACAGACCACUCGAGUAUUAGUAAAAAAAAAAAAAAAAGAUUCUGACAAUGCCUUGUCUUAUACAGCCAAACAGGGGCUGACAAGACAAACCCAUACAUGGGUGGAUGAAAUUUUUCCCAUUUUGUGCAUGCUGUUUAAUUUUAAAUUAAUCCAUUAAGGGUGAAAUCCACCACAGUGCAAGUACCUGCCCUUCAAGUCUGGCACAUGUCACUUCUGUUAGCUUUUCACAUAGGAGUCUGUUCCAUGGAGGAAACGAGAGAAUUUUCUGCACUAACAUGAAUUACACCCUGUCGAGUGCUUUUGGUGUUCAUACUACAUUUGAUAAAGACCCCCAGAAACAGCUGUACUACAGACUUUCCAAUCUAACUUUAAACUCAGAUUGGUCCUUCUUUCCAGCCACAGCUUAAUACAACCUUUUUUCAUUUUGCAUAAGAAACAGUCUCAUCCACAGGGAAGAAAUCCACAAACAAACCAGUGUUGGUAUUUCAGAGCAAUUAUACCUGCCUUUUUAUGUAUGACAGUUUCAUAUCAUUUAUUUUUAAAAUAUUUUUUUUAGGUUUUUCAUUGUAAUAUUAUUGUACAGUUUUGCAUGGCAUAGAUGUAAUCACUUUUUUGUUUUAGAGUAUAAAAGCUGACAAGUGUGCGUGUGGGGGAAAGAUUCUGCUUUUUGCCUCUUCUCACUAUUUUGUUUAAUGCCCUCAAUGUUGUAGGGGACAUUGUAAGAGAUUCUCUGCUACAGAACAAUGAUGUAGAUUCUUUUGCACAGAAAUAUUUAAGGUGGAGAAGUCAACAAUGUAAUAAAUGACUUGCCACCAAUAUUUUAUGUUGGUAACACACUUAAUAUUAACCUACUUUGAUGUACUGCAAUAAAACAGGGAACUGUUAGAAA